UCGAAAUCAGCUGAUGCGAGGGAAGCCAUUAGACUGACCGACUGACUCAGCAUCACUUAUUAAUUUCUUCACCGUCACUCACUGCUGCGCUUUCUUUGGUGGUGGACGCGCGCACACGCACACCACACUCUUAGCCUCCCCUGCGAAGCCUCCUGAGGGGGAAAAAACAGGUCAAAGGUCACAACUAGCCAGCCGGGAGUGGGUCAGGAUGGCACGGCUGGCUGUGGUGGUGGUGGUGGUGGUGGUGUUGGCGGCAGCAGCGGCGGGAAAGCCAGACUACGCUGUCCCACAAAUUUAUUGAAAUGUUGCAGAGUGAAGAAUCCACUUGGAAGGCCGGGCAGAACUUCAAUGAAAAUCUCCCAUGAGUUAUAUUGAGCAACUGAUGGGCGUGCAUCCAGAUUCCAAGAAACACUUGCCUCGGCCUCUGUGGCGCUCUGUGGACCCAGCCAGCCUACCCAAGGAGUUUGAUUCCCGCUCUGCCUGGCCACACUGCCCCACCAUCGGCGAGAUCAGGGACCAGGGAUCGUGUGGCUCCUGCUGGGCCUUUGGUGCGGUGGAGGUGAUGAGCGACCGAGUGUGCAUUCACAGUGACGGACAACAACACUUCCACUUCUCCUCGGAAAACUUGGUGUCGUGCUGCCACAUCUGCGGGUUUGGGUGCAAUGGUGGGUUCCCUGGCUCGGCAUUCAAAUACUGGGUUACAAGCGGCUUAGUGUCUGGCGGGGCUUACAACUCCAGCCAGGGGUGCCAACCGUACGAGAUCGCCCCUUGUGAGCACCACGUUAAGGGCCCCCGUCCCAAAUGCUCCGAAGGGGGUAAGACGCCCAAGUGUGUGAAGGAGUGCGAGGCGUCCUACACGGAGUCCUACACGUCGGACCUUCACCACGGGGCCAGGGCGUACAGCAUCCCUAAGGACCAGUACCAGAUAAUGCAGGAAAUUAUGACUAACGGACCAGUUGAAGGCGCGUUUACCGUUUAUGUCGACUUCCUUCACUACAAGUCGGGCGUGUACCGUCACCGCCACGGCCUGCCAUUGGGGGGACAUGCUAUAAGGAUCCUAGGGUGGGGGGAGGAGGCCGGGACCCCAUACUGGCUGUGCGCUAACUCCUGGAACUCUGACUGGGGUGAUAACGGCUUGUUUAAGAUUCUGCGCGGCUCCGAUCACUGCGGCAUUGAGGGAGAGAUUGCUACCGGCAUUCCUGCUUAGUUUAGGGUAGGGAUGGCUAUAUUAGGAUAGGUUAGGGGUGUUUUGGGAGUAUUUAGGGUAGGGAUGGCUAUAUUAGGGUAGGUUAGGGGUUGUUUGGGGAUGUUUAAGGGUGUUUUGGGGUGUUUUAGCAUGUUUUAGGUUAGGUUAGGAGUGUUUGGGGGUUUCUUAAGUUAGUUUAAGGUUAGGAGGGUUUAAAUGAGGCUUUGAUCAAGUUAGGAAAGGUUAGGUUAGGUUAUAGUUGGUUAGGGUCAGUUUAGGGUGUUUCAUUUAGGUUAGGAAUGUUUAAAGUGAUUUUUCCAUUAAUUUUGGGGUCCAGGGGUUGUCCAGGGUCAGUUAGGAUCAUUUAGAGCUGUUUUUGUGAAGUUAGGAACAUUUUGACAUUUUUCAUUGAAGUUAGGGACAGUCUGGUCAAGUUAGGAAAAGUUAGGGGUGCUUAUGAUUUUGGGAUGUUUUUUGUGAAGUUAGGAACAUUUAAACUGAUUUUUUGUUUAAGUUAGGAACAGUCUGGUCAAGUUAAGAACAGUUAAACUGAUUUUUUGUUCAAGUUAGGGACGUUUUGGUCAAGUUAGGAACAGUUAGGGCUACUUAAACUCAUUUCUCCAAGUUAGGUUAAGUUAGGGACAUUUAAACAGAUUUUUCGUUUAAGUUAGGGACGGUUUGGUCAAGUUAGGAACAGUUAGGGCUACUUAAACUCAUUUCUCCAAGUUAGGAAUGCUCAAGCGUCUGGAAAUACUUAAGUUAGUGUCGUUUUUUAAGUUACAGUAAGUUAGGAGUGUUUUUUUUUAAGUUAGGUUGGUGGUAGAGUCAGUAGUUAGGGGUGUUGUGAAUGGUAGUGAGGUUAGGAUGGAGGUUGUUGGUGAGGUUAGGUUAGGAAGGAUUAAGUUAGGCAUUUGUUAGGAACUGGAGUUAGGGAAGUCCUCUAUAACUUUGUGCCUUGGGUUAGGAACGUGUCUUUCCAAGUCAGGUUAGGAGGAAGAAGGAGAAAUGAAGGAGAAGAAGAAGAAAAUGAGAAAGAAGAAGAUGGAGAGAGAGAGAGAGAGAGAGAAGGAAGAAGAUGGGACACUUAUGCUAAAAAUGGAGGAGGAGGAAAAGGAAGAAGAAGAAGAAGAGGAGGAGGAGGAGAUUAAAAAGUGAAUUUAUCUAAGUAUGUAUCAAAAUUAGAGAGAGAGAGAGAGAGAGAGAGAGAGAGAGAGAGAGAGAGAGAGAGAGCUGUAUUAGAAGAAGCGUGUCUAUUUUGUGUGUGUAUUUUUGCAAGGUUGGAGUGUGUCUUUGUAAUAUUGGAACCAGUAACUUAACCUCAAAUUUCCCAUGGGGUGUAAAGAGCAUCAUUGCAAGUGUGUGACAAGAAGUGUAUAGUUUUCAAAGGUGUAUUUGGAACAUUUCAAGUGUACUAACAACAUUUCACAAUAUCGUAAAUUUUCAAAAAUACUCAGUAAAUCAUUUUAGAUCAAUGUCAAGUUUUUUAUUUUUUUUUAUUUAUUUAUUUAUUUAUUUUUUUUUUUUUUACUCUAAUUCAACUUUGCAAUUCCAACAUUUGAUUGACUGAUUGAUUUUUGACAACUUUCUCUCACUUGGCAUUAUUAUUAUUAUUAUUAUUAUUAUUAUUAUUAUUAUUAUUGUUAUUAUUAUUAUUAUUGUCAUUUUCUAUUAAUAUAUUUCUUUCCUUACCUUCAACACAAUUAAUAUUUUUACCCUCAAUAUUUUCCUAAUUAGAAUAUUCACCUGAUAUUCUUUUAAAAAUGUCUAUGUAUCUAUUUGUCAUUAUUAUUAUUAUUAUUAUUAUUAUUGUAUAUUUUAUGAAGUUUUUUCUUGUAUUUCUUUUAAAAACCUCAAUGUAUUUAUUUGUUUAUUUGUUGUUAUUAUUAUUAUUAUUAUUAUCUUUUAUUUCAUGUUUGGUGUAUUUGAUUGAGUUUUUUCAUAUAUUUCACCUGAUAUUCUUUUAAAAGGUCUAUGUAUCACAGUAUCCAAUCUACUCUUGCCUAAUGUAGCGCUGUGCAUGGCUGUGUAGCGCUGUGCAUGGCUGUGUAGCGCUGUGCAUGGCUGUGUAGCGCUGUGCAUGGCUGUGUACCACUGUGCAUGGCUGUGUAGCGCUGUGCAUGGCUGUGUAGCGCUGUACAUGGCUGUGUAGCGCUGUGCAUGGCUGUGUAUCGCUGUGCAUGGCUGUGUAGCGCUAUGCAUGGCUGUGUAGCGCUGUGUCAUAUUUCCCUAAGCUUAAUUUUGUUUGUCUGUAUAUUCUGACCAGGUUGUAUUAAAGACAGUAUGAAUGAA